AUGUAUGCCAUUGACGUUUUUGGUCUGGUUAUCAGUUACCUAAAGAACCACCUUCUUGAUCGAUUGAAAGGCAAUGACAGUUCGUCCAUUGUGGGAGAAGAAAUGAUUCAUUGGGUUUUAACAGUGCCUGCAAUAUGGAGUGACAAAGCAAAGCAGUUUAUGAGGAAAGCAGCCGCAGAAGCUAGUAUUCCAAGUAAAAGUCUUACUCUGGCCCUGGAACCAGAAGCAGCUUCUUUAUUCUGUAAAACAUUUCAGCAUGCCGUACACGGAAAUUCACAAGCCGCAAUAAGAAAAGGAAGCAAAUACCUGUUGAUUGAUCUUGGAGGUGGAACUGUGGACAUAACGGCACAUAAAGUACACAUUGAUGGCACACUGCAAGAACUUUAUCAAGCCACCGGAGGUAGAUGGGGCGGCACAACUGUUGAUAGUGAGUUCCAGCUUUUUUUGUUCAGAAUUUUUGGUCAACAAGUAAUGGAAAAAGCAUAUAGAAAGUAUCCUAAUGAGAUGUUGGAACUAUCUUUGGACUUUGAAGUGAAAAAGCGAGUCUUUGAACCAAAACAGUCAUUAGCAGUUGCGAUUAAAAUUCCAGUUUGUUUGCAUGAAUUGUUUUAUGAAAUUAAUUCACUGACAAUUGCGGAAAGUGUUCAGAGUUCAACUAUGAAACAUACAGUGGAACUCAAAAGAGACAAAAUGAUGAUAGCACCAAAACAAUUUUACAACUUCUUUGAUAGUUCAUUAUCAUGUAUUGUAAAUCAUGUCAAUGGUCUUCUUCAAAAACAGGAUCUUUCAAGCAUUAAUACCAUCUUGUUAGUAGGAGGGUUUGCUGAAUCCCAUGUUGUCAAAGAGGUUAUGCGGUUGAAUUUUCCAGAUAUGCGUAUAGUGAAUCCGGAUGAUUGUUCUCUGAGUGUCUUAAAAGGUGCAGUAUUAUUUGGCCAUGAUCCGCAAGCUAUAUCAUCAAGAAUAUGUAGGUAUACAUAUGAAUUGAAUUAA